AUGAAGCCCGCUACUAUCUUGAGAGCCACCUCCACCCUUUUCCUGGGGAACGCAAUGGGACAACUAACCAUUACAAUCCCCAGACUCCCUAACCUGCCAACUAUCUCCAUCCCAACUCUUUCCAUUCCCAGUACUGUCUCUCUCCCCGAUCUUCCGACCAUACCUAUCCCAACAACCCUCCCGACAUGCCUCCCAAAUCUCCCAACUACAUUGCCAUCGUUCACCUGGCCCACUCUCAUGGCCGCUGAGGCUACCAAUGAGCCAGGAAAUGUCAAGAAAUCCUCGGUUGAGGGCACAUUCGAGCGGACACAUCCGCGCCAGAUUGCGCGGGCUGACGCUUAG